AUGAAUCGCCUGGCACAAUUUUUAGGCGUUUCUGCUGCCAACAUCACUGAGAAGACCCCUGAUCCGUGGAUUGUGCAGGAACGCUCCGUUGAUGAAGCCAGACCCCUGAGAGUAGUUGUCAUCGGUUCGGGGAUCUCAGGUAUCGUUGCAUCUAUUCGCUUCAGACAACGCAUUCCCAACCUGGAUCUAUGCGUGUACGAGAAGAAUGCAGAUGUUGGAGGCACGUGGCUGGAAAACAGAUACCCCGGCUGCGCAUGUGACAUCCCGGCCCACACCUAUCAGGCCACAUUUGAGCCUAACAAACAGUGGUCCACUUUCUAUGCUGCAGCCCCAGAGAUAUACCAGUAUUGGAGAAGAGUAGCGGAUAAAUAUGGCUGCGAGAAGUGCAUCAAGUUCAAACAGCAAGUUGUGGAGGCUGUGUGGAACGAAAAAGAUAGCAAAUGGCAACUGAAGGUCAAGGACCUAGAUAGUGAUUCGGUCUACUCAGACCAGUGUGACGUGUUGAUUUCGGCCACUGGGUUUCUCAAUGAAUGGAAAUGGCCGAACAUCCCAGGUCUCCAUGAUUUCAAGGGAAAGCUGAUGCAUAGUGCUAGAUGGGAUGAGAGUUAUGACUACAGUGGCAAGAGAGUCGCUGUGAUUGGGAACGGCUCCAGCGGUAUACAGAUUGUGCCUGGAAUGCUACCGCAAGUGACGCACAUGGACCACUAUGUCAGAAGCCGAACCUGGAUCGCACCUAGCUUCGCUAGGGAAGAAGUUGAGAGACGAGGUUCGAAAUUAGACAACUUCUCGUUCACUCCGGAAGAGCUCGAGACCUUCAACAAGGACCACAGUGCUUAUCAAAAUUUCCGUAAAGAAAUCGAGGUUCAACUACAGUCUGUCCACGGCGCAACCUUGCUAGGCACGCCGGAACAGCUAGGGGCCAAAGAUGUCUUCGCCCAGAACAUGAAACAGCGAUUGGCAAGGAAGCCCGAGUUGUUUGAGGAUCUCGUUCCGUCAUUCCCGCCCGUUUGCCGCCGACUUACACCUGGGCCCGGAUACUUGGAGGCCUUGACCGAUGACAAGGUUCAGAUCAUCACCAGUGAGAUCGUCCGGGUUGAUGCAAAUGGCGUCAUCACUGCCGACGGGGUGCAUCAUCCCACCGACGUUUUAGUGUGCGCCACCGGGUUUGACACCAGCUUCACACCCAGAUUCCCCAUCACGGGGCGUAAUGGUCUGUCGCUAGCGGAGCGGUGGAAGAGUACCCCCGAGUCCUACCUCUCCAUCGCCGUUGACGAAUUUCCCAACUACUUUAUCUGUUUCGGGCCCAAUUCGGCGCUGGGGGAGGGCAACCUGUUACUUUUGCUGGAGAAAGUGGUUGACUAUUUCACCGCCUGUGUGCAGAAGAUGCAGCGGGAUAACAUCCGGUCCAUGUCGGUUAGAAAGGAUGCGGUGGAACGGUUUACGCGGCACUGCGAUCAGUAUUUCUCCCGCACGGUGUACAGCGAGAAAUGCCGAAGCUGGUAUAAAGGGGGAGCGGAAGAUGGUCGGGUGAUAGGGGUGUGGCCAGGAUCGUCUCUCCACUCACUGAAAACACUUUCGAAUCCCCGGUGGGAGGAUUUCACCUACGAGUAUGUGGAUGACAACGCGAAUGGCUGGAUUGGUGAUGGAUGGACGGAGAAUGAGAAGAAUAACGCGAUCGAGGUGAACUAUCUGGAUGAUGAUCAGGUGGACUUUCCCUUGACUGUGGUUGAGCAGUCGAAGAAUUGA